GACCAUCUCCCAUUAGACACUACACAAGUUCCAAUCAUCUUAGGAUCUGACAAAACUCCCAUGACAAGAACCACUGGAGGGCUUGAGAUGUACCCCAACUUUAUCACUAUCAGUAAUCUUGAUUCAGAUGUUUGCUCCAAGGCCAUACUUCAAGCUUGGCACUGUAUUGUGCACAUGCCCAUUGCUAAGUUCCGUGUGCAUCCUGGUCAUCAAUUCAUUCUUCAGGUGCGGCUGUGGCAUAAGUGCAUUGAUCUUGUCUGUGCCAACCUUAAACUGGCAGCCAAGAAUGGUUGCUUUAUGUCUGAUCCUUCCAAGUUCAUUUGUUACAUCUUUAUGUCACUCAUCACUCACAUAUGUGACCUACCAGAGGCUUCCAUGAUUGCUGCAGUCAGCAAAAAUGUGUCUCCUCUGAUGAUAGCAUUACAAGAAAAUUUUGGUGAUGGAGUUCUCUGCCCCCUCAUACAGGGAAACACAUGCUACAGCUUAUCUAUGAGAUCUCCAAAACAGUCAACAUUUGAGAUCUUGACAAAUUCCAGAAGUGUUAAGAACCAUGCUCAAAGGAGAGAGAGACCGACUCAGAGGGGCUUGGCCUCAGCUCGUAUACUGUGCCCCUUACCCGAGUAUGUGCCCUUCAUUUCAGAGGAAGUCCAAUGA